AUGUUAACAAAAAUGAUGUCCAGUCAAAUGUAUUUAACACCAUUAGAUUUAUUAAAACAUUUUGAAAAAAUUUGGAGAAAUAAAAAAGAAGUAGUUGCUAUUUAUUUAGCUAGUUUACGAUCAUCAGAUCAUUCAAUAAGACAUGUUCAUAAUAACCCAAUAAAUAAUCGAAGUGGUGCUCGAGUAGGCAAAGGUAUUCUAAAAGUUAUUGAAAAAAAAGAAGGUUUAUUUCGUAUGUAUAUGAUGGGUAAACCUGUAAAUUAUGCUGGUCGAUCAGUAAUAUCACCUGAUCCAUUUAUUGCAAUUUAUGAACGUUGGAAUACCUAA